CUUAUUCUAAUCAGCUUGUCUAAUUGUAUCAACGUAUGUGAUCCGAGAUUACCAUUAUGCUCACCAACCUGGGACGAGAUAUGGUAUCAUUAUAACAACUACACAUUCUCUCGAAACGAAAACAAUAUUUUCUUUAUAAAAAAUGUAUAAUAUCACUUCCUUUGAUUUGCAUUUGCUAACAUUUGACACAACACCAAAUGUCAAAAGGACGAUCAAAUCGUGGUUCAACCUGACCCAGCCGAAUUUAGCUGUACGUGUUACAGAUAACUGGUUCCCAAGCUCAUUACCUUCUGGCUCUACUAAUAAAACUUGGGCAUUCUUUGCCUUCUUACUCGAUCACGACUCCUCUAUCGACCCAACACAUAUUAGUGUAGAUCAAGCCUUUGUUGAAUUUAAAGUCGUUCAAUCGGCUCCACAGCCAGUUACCAUUAACUAUAAACCACUAGAACCAUGGAUAGUGGCACUGAUUGUAGUCUCCUGUGUUUUAGUUGCCUUAGCAAUGGGCAUUGCUGUUUGGUGGUGGAAAAAAAGGAUGGAAAAGAAGGCUGUGCUGAGUAGACCAGACGCGAUGUUGAUUGCCGAUAAAUUCCGCGAAGUGAUGUCCACUUCCGAUUUAGCGCAAAGAAACGAAAAAAAUGCGCAAGAUUUAUUACAGAGACAACUGCAGGCUGAGGAGGGCACUUCGAUCAUUGAGAUUAGGCAAAGUAGCUCUACUAUAAAUAAAUAAAGUAACCACUCUUACUCUCUGUCUCCUUUGAACCAAGCACAGGUAUUUGCCCAACCCACUAUCAAACAACCAAUAUUAAGCCUAAUGA